AUGCUAGUUUUUAUUUUAUUUACAUUUUUCUCCAAAAUUUUUAUUUUUGCCUCCACAACUCAAAAUAUAAUUGAAGAACCUAUAAAUUCUACAAAUAAAAGCAGAGCUUUAUCUUUUCUUAAAGAAAAGAUUUUACAUUCAGAAGAUGAUCAACAAACAGCUUUCCGUCAAAAUACUCAAGAAGUUCACGAUCCUAGAAAGCCAAUUUUAAUUAGUUAUUUGGCGGCUGUUUCUCAAUUUUCUCAACUUAUUUUUGAUAAACUCCAAGAUGUAGCUAACAGUAGAAGUAAUGAAUUGGCUGAUUUUAGUAGUUUAAUGAAUGGACAUAGCUGCUUUAGUACUGAAUUUGAAGGGUCAAUGAUAUCUGGUGCAUUACAAGUUGCUAUUGAUUAUGUAAAUAAUAAUCCCGAUAUGUUACCUGGUUAUAAAUUAAAAUAUAUUUUCAACAACACUUGCGGCGAUGAAAUGAGAAGUACUGAAUAUUUUAUGGAUCACUGGAAACGUGGAGCAAAAGUUUUUAUCGGACCAGAAGUAAAUUGUCGAACAGAAGCUACUAUGGCUUCAUCUCAAAAUUUACCUUUAAUUUCACAUAAAUGCAAAGAUCAGACUGUCAGUGAUAAAAAAAGAUAUCCAACAUUUGCUAGAACAGUACCGGCAGAAUCAGUUAUUGCUCGUUCAUUUAUUGCUUUGUUAAAACAUUUUUGUUGGUACAAAUUUGUUGUUAUAUUUGAAAAUGCCCAUGCCAAUGUUGAAUUACUUACGGCUAUUAGACGUCUUUUAGAAGAAGAAAGUCAGCAAGUUGAACAACAAAAGAAACGUUCAGAUCCCGUAAAUAGUUGUAAAGGGGAAAGAAAAUACACAAUUUUGAAUGUUUCUUUAGUUAAUCAUCCUUUCAGCGAGGUUGAAAAGACCAAUGUUGAUAAAAUUCGUCAAAUUGUUGAUGCUACAAAAACUGCAACUAGAAUUUAUGUUACUUUUGGAAAUGUUCGUCUUUUUCGAAGAAUUUUACUUGAAAUGGGUGAAAUGGGGUUGAUGUCAAAUGGGGAAUAUGCACUUCUUUAUUUAGAUACUGACUAUAACUGGUUGAAUGUUUACCACGCAAUGAAUAAUCACUUUUUUCGAGAUACUUUACGCAAGUUGAAUGAGUCCUGGGACAAUCCUGAUUCUAUGGAUAGAAAAUUAAUCGGCUAUUCUAGAUCAGCUCUUGCAAUAAUUCCGACUCCUGUACAACUCAAUUCUAAAAUUUUUACCGAUUUUUGGAAAAAAGCCAAUUCUUACCUACCUAAUUUUGGUGUUCAUCAUCAUGAGACUAGCUCCCCUAUAAAGGCUAAUCGUUUUGCUUGUUACCUUUACGAUGCGGUUAUGUUAUAUUCUCAAGCCCUUCAUGAAACAAUUAUGGAUACUUUAAACAGAACCUCUUCUAUCUCUAAAGUAGAUGAAUCGAUUGAAAAUGGAAGAGAGAUUAUUUCUAGAAUAUUAGGCAGAAAAUAUAAAAGUUUUAUUUCUUUUAAGGCAUCCUUGUCCUUUUCUUUACUUUUAGGUAUGCAAGGUUUUGAUAUGCGUAUUGACGAAAAUGGCGAUGCAGAAGGAAAUUACACUCUUUUGGCACUUCAGGAAGUCGAGCCGGUUCUUGACGGUAGCAAUCCUGAUUAUUAUCCACUCAAAGAAGCUUUAACAAUCACUGCUGACUUCAUGGCUCAUCCAAAUCCAGUAAAUUUACCUCAACUUAGAUUUCGUCGUAAAAUUCGCUGGCCUACUGGAAAACCUCCAUUAGAUGAACCUGAAUGUGGUUUCGACGGAGAGAAGUGCAAAGAGGAUGAAAGUUCUUCUUGGUGGGGGACUGUGCUUUAUAUUGUGCUUGUUUCUUUACUUUUAAUCUUUGGAAUCGGUGCAAUUGUUACUUACAGUCUUUACAAAUUAAGUUUUUCAUUAUUAGAAAUCAAAAAUUCGAAAGAGAAUUAUCAAUGGUAUGGCGGAUUGAUAGGCGCGAGAUUGAAAAAAUUGUGCAUUGCAACAAUUCAUCCUCAAAUUCCCUUUACAUCAUCGAAGCUGGAAUUGCUCAAAAUGGUGAAUUUUUUGGGCAAGCUGCGCAAGACCGCCGCUGGCCAAAUUGCUUUAUACAAAGGAGCGCUUGUGGCAAUAAAGGAGAUUCGUUAUACUAGAAAACCAAAAGAAUUGACAAGGGCAACAAAAUUAGAAUUAAUGAGAAUGACAAAACUUAGACAUGACAAUGUUAACAACUUUUUGGGAGUUAUUCUUCUUCACAAUGUUAUUUGUGUUGUUAGAGAAUUUUGUCCAAAAACAAGUUUGAUGGAAGUUUUACGAAAUCGUGAUAUUAAAUUAGAUUCUCUUUUUAUUGCUUCAUUUACUGAAGAUCUCAUUAAAGGAAUGAUCUAUUUGCACGAAUCGGAUGUUAAAGUACAUGGUAAUCUAAAAUCAACGAAUUGUUUAAUUACCUCGCGUUGGGCCUUACAAGUAGCGGAUUAUGGAUUACAUGAAUUACGUGAUGGUCAAGAAUGGGAAAAUCCACAGAUUAUGUGGGAAAGCUAUCUUUGGACAGCGCCAGAGCUUUUAAACCAGUCCGAAUUUUGUCGCGUUGUUAAAGGAACACAAAAAGGAGAUGUUUAUUCAUUUGGAAUUAUUUUACACGAAUUAAUUGCUCGUCAGGGGCCGUUUAAUUUAAUUAGAGAUUUUAAUUGUUUUACGUAUGAUGAGACAGAAGAUAUUUCGAGUGCUGAAGAAGUUGUUAGAAAAGUGGUUGCUGGGAUUGGAUUCAGACCAAGUUUGAAAGGAUUACAAUGUCAGGAUUAUAUUGUGGAUACAAUGGAAUUGUGUUGGUCUGAAGAGCCGGAAUUUAGGCCGGAUUUUCGCCAUGCAAUUCGUCACAAGCUUAAACAACUUUUUGCUGGGACUUUACACUCGCGCAAUUUAAUGGACCAUAUUUUGGUUAUGAUGGAAAAAUAUCAAAAUCAAUUAGAAGACUUGGUUGAUGAACGGACAAAAGAAUUGCGAGAUGAGAAAAGAAGAACUGAUUUAUUACUUCAAAGAAUGUUACCCGUUUCUGUAGCUCAACAGUUGUUGCAAGGUCGUGAUGUAGUGCCUGAACAGUUUCAGUCAGUGACUGUUUAUUUUUCUGAUAUUGUCGGUUUUACUGUUAUAUCAAGUGAAAGUACUCCUCUUCAGGUAGUGAACAUGUUGAACAAGCUUUACACUCUUUUUGAUAGAAUUAUUAAACAAUAUGAUGUUUAUAAGGUCGAAACUAUUGGAGAUGCGUAUAUGGUUGUCUCUGGUGUUCCUACGUCAAGAAAUGGUGUCUAUCAUGCCGAACAAAUUGCUACAAUGGCUUUACAUCUAUUGAAGGCAGUUGAAAACUUCAGAAUCCCUCACAGACCUACAGAGCAAUUAAAGCUCCGAAUUGGUCCUGUUGUGGCUGGGGUCGUUGGAAAAACAAUGCCACGUUAUUGUUUAUUUGGUGAUACUGUCAAUACAGCAUCUCGAAUGGAAAGUACAUCUAAAGGUAUGACGAUUAUUUUUUUAAGUUUAUAUUCUCUUUUAGCUCUGAAAAUUCAUUGCAGUCAUCAAACAAAAGAAGCAUUGGAUAUGGAUGGUGAUUUUGUUAUGGAGGAACGUGGAAUUGUUCAAAUUAAGGGCAAAGGACCAAUGCGUACAUUUUGGCUUGUCCAUCGUUUAAAUUACAACUUUUUUUCUGAUGACCUAGAAGAUGAAUUUAUUUCGGAUAGUGAAGAUUAUGAAUCUGAACAUUUUGAUCCAGCUAUAUUUCCCCGCUCAAAUGUUUUUCGUCAUAAACAAAAUCCGCCAUUAACAAAUGCAGAGUCUACAAGUACUUUACAACGAGGUAGUGGCUCACCCUCUACUACUGCUCUUUUACGGCGUCUUGUUGAAAAGGCAAUAGGCGAAACUGAUAGUUUAUCAUCAACUCAUCAACAACAAAAUAAUUGUGAAUUAAUUGAGGACGGCCUAGUUCAUGUUAAUGCUGAUUAUUUAGGUGCAAGUCGUAUUAGUCUUCUUUCUGGAAUGAACAAUCAAUUUAAAAGUCAACUUAUUUCAAAUUCUCGCAAAAAUAUAAACGAGCAACCCUCUUCCACAGCAACAAUAAUUUCUAAUGGAACAAAUAAUGUUUUUUCUUCGAAGUCAGAGGCUUGUAACGGAAUGUUACAAUCAAUUAAAGAGGCGAACUCAAACAUUAAAAUGAAAAAUUCGAGCGUAAUUUGUAACAAUAAAUUUUCUCCACAAAAGAGACGAAAGCUUGGCUCAAUUGCAAUUUCUUCCUCAUUUGACUACCAUAAAUGCCCAACCAUUGAAUGCAAUUCUUCUAAUGAUAGUUAUGGCGAUAACUUUAAUCAAGCUUCAAAUGAACGUAAACGAUCGUCUUUACCUGAAGCUGAUUUAUUCACAAUGUCUCGCAAUGACACAAGUCAAGCAAUCUCUAAAAAUUCUCAACUCAAUAAUUUAAUCGCAGACAAUUGUACUAUUAUUCCUUUAAAUAAAGACGAUGAGGAUUAUAUUUUCGGUGAGAAUGAUGAUUUUGAUUGCCUUGAGGCAACCAGGUAUUUUUUGAAUUUUGAUUUUUCGAUAUCCUUUUUUAGGAAACGUUCGAUUUCUUUUACUGGUGGCACUAACAAUGAAUUGAACUCGCUUAGACCACAUUUUGGAGGUCGUACUUCACGGCAACAUCAAAAUAGUGCUCAAUCACUUGGGCAGCAACCUUUACCUCUUUGGUCAGAGCCUCACUUGCCGCUCAACCCUCGUCAUAUCACUUAUGGGUUGCCAGAAAUGGCAAAAGAUAAUCAUCGAUCUGUUGGAGGGAAUCGGAAACUUUGCAGAAUAUUUAGACCUAUUCAACAGCAACGUUCUUUCGAUCAUCAAAGUUCUUCGAGAUUUGAGCGUGACUAUGAACUUCAAAAACGUCCAUUUGCUCGUCAAUAUUCACGUAGCAGAUCGCCCAAUCUUGGUUUGAACAGAAUCUGGCGUCGUCUCACAGCAACAUCUGGUGGAAAUCCUUCAAUGGCUGUAAAGUCUUUAUCAAAACGUUCAAACGAAUUAUUUCCCAUUGAUGGUUUAUGUUCCCAGAAUGUAUCUUCUUCACAUACGAUUUCACGUCCAAUUUUCUUUCCGGGUGUAAUGGAGAAUUCUCUUCGCCAAAUGGCCCGUCCCCUCUCUAUUGGAAGACCAUCACCGAGUUCAAAACAAUCAGAUUGGGAUAAUGAAUUGACAAAUCAUUUACUUGAAGAGUUUGAAAUGAAAUGA